AUGAGUGGAAAAGAGGACACCUGUUUCCUCAGAAAUGGGAAGAAUUGCCUAUGCUUCGUCGGAGGAUCUGCUCAUACUUUUCAUAAUGAUAUAUGUUUAUCUUGUUUACCAAAGGGGACCAUACACCUUUUCCGAAAGACGCAGCGCUCCCUGCUUGGCAAAUUAACGCAGGAGUUUCGUCUAGUGACUGCAGACCGCAGAUCAUGGAAGAUUUUGCUGUUCGGUGCCAUAAAUGUGGUUUGCACAGGAUUCUUACUCACAUGGUGCAGUUCUACAAACAGUAUGGCCCUUACUGCUUAUACCUAUUUGACAAUCUUUGAUCUCUUCAGUUUAAUAACCUGUUUUAUAAGCUAUUGGGUAAUGAUGAAAAAACACAGUCACACAUAUUCUUUUGGGUUUGAACGAUUUGAAGUGCUUGCAGUUUUUGCCUCUACAGUUUUGGCCCAGUUGGGUGCACUAUUUAUAUUAAAAGAAAGUGCUGAAAGAUUUCUGGAACAGCCAGAGAUACACACUGGCCGUCUUCUGGUGGGGACUUUUGUGGCUCUAUUUUUCAAUCUGUUCACCAUGCUUUCUGUUAGAAAUAAACCAUUUUGUUAUGUUUCAGAAGCUGCAAGCACAAGUUGGCUUCAGGAACAUGUAGCAGAUCUAAGUCGGAGUUUAUGUGGUAUUAUCCCGGGGCUGAGUAGUAUAUUCCUACCUCGGAUGAAUCCUUUUGUGUUAAUUUACAUUGCUGGAGCAUUAGCACUCUGCAUUACUUACAUAUUGAUUGAAAUUAACAACUAUUUUGCCAUGGAUACUGCAUCAGCUGUUGCAAUUGCUGUGAUGACUUUUGGUACAAUGUAUCCAAUGAGUGUUUACAGUGGCAAAGUUCUGCUCCAAACUACACCUCCUCAUGUGAUUGGCCAGCUAGACAAGCUGCUCCGAGAGGUCUCAACUCUGGAUGGGGUUUUGGAAGUCCGUAAUGAGCAUUUUUGGACUCUUGGUUUUGAUAGCAUGGCAGGGUCAGUCCACGUCAGGAUUAGGAGGGAUGCCAAUGAGCAGAUGGUACUCGCUCAUGUCACAAACCGACUCAGCACUUUGAUUUCAACUCUGACUGUGCAGAUCUUUAAGGAUGAAUGGGCAAGGCCAGUAUUGUCUUCUGGUGCAAUGCCACCCAAUAUGUUGAACAUCCCUGAUCAUCACAUUAUUCAGAUGCCAUCUUUGAAGACAUCCAGCGAUGAAUUAAGCCCAAUGACCUCCACACCAUCCAAACCGAGCAGUCCACCUCCAGAGUUUGCCUUCAAUACACCAGGCAAAAACAUCAACCCUGUCAUUCUUUCAAAUACACAAACAAAGCCAUAUGGCCUCGGACUUUAUGGAUCUUCUUCAUAUGGUGGUACAUUUAACCAAGGAUUUGGGGUGCCUGGUCUUGGCAGCACACAGGGUUUGCGAACUGGUUUUACUAAUGUUGCCAACAGAUAUGGAACAUACACUCCAUCACAGACAUCUCAGUUCAAACAAUGACUGCAGUUGUGUUUGAGAGUUUCUCACCUAU